UUACCCUCUGUACUAGCGCACACUCGCCACCAUCGAUCGACCAGCAUCAAAAACCAUUGGCACGAGAAGGAGAGAAACACUUGACUUUAUUCCCCUCAUUUUGACAUGGCUAGCGGCGCCGGAGGCGGCACGGCGGCGACGGAGAGGCUCAUCCGCAGCGCGCAGAAGUCGACCAACCAGCUCAAGGCGAUGCUAGCGGGAGGCGGCGGCGGCGGAGGGAGGAGCUCCGGCGCCGUGGAGGUGAUCCUGGCGGACAUCUCCGACUCGCUGUCUCAGGCGCUCGCGUCUCUCAUGCUCCGCGCGGCGUGCGACGACCAGUCGCUCCCGGCGGCGGCGGCCGCCGCCGCCGCCGGAGGCGAGCUUGUUGCCGUCCUAUGGGCAGUGUGUGGUGGCGAACAGCGGCGGCCGGUCAGUCUCGAAGAGGAAAGCUCAACGGAGAAGAAAAAUCAAUGGGGGCAGGAGGCCAGCGUGGGGGCAGACGGCGUGCAGGUGGACGACGUGUGUGCGGGCAGCCUCGGAGGGCACGCGACGGCCGGCGUGUGGCCAGGCAGAUGGCGGGAGAUCGGCGGCCGGGCAUGCGCAUGGACUGCCGCCGAAGGCCUUGAGAACGGUGGGCAAGAAAGCAGGGCAGAUGGUUCAUCCCGAAGAAUUAUACUAGAGCUUGGAGAUCGUGACGAUUCCUAUCCCUGGAGGAAGUACGGGCAGAAGGACAUUCUUGGCGCCAGGUUUGCAAGGAGCUACUACAGAUGCGCCCAGAUGUUGGGCUGCACGGCGAGGAAGCAGGUGCAGCAAUCCGACGACGACCCGUCCCGGCUGGAGAUCACCUACAUCGGCCUGCACACCUGCGGCGGCGACCGGCCGUCGUCGCCGGCUCCCACCAACCCCGCCGACGGCCCGCGUUGCGACGCAGCAACCAGUAGUCACCGUCUUCUGCCGUCAGCUCUGCAGCAGAAGCUGGAGGAACAUGUCCCGGCGGCGUCGGACGACAUGAUGAUGGCCUGCACGCCGUCGUGGCUGUUCAUACCCUCGCCGGCGUGCUCGCAGUCGGAGCUUCUGUCGGAGGGGGAGGUUCCGGAGCUGCGGGUGGUGCGGCAGGAGCCGUAUGAUCCGGUGGAGCUGGUGGAGGAGCACAAGAAGCCGAGCGACGCCGACGAGGACUCCCUCGCCCUCCACAACUCCGUCGUGCCGGAUUUUAUGUAGCAAAUCGCAGGAGAAAGUUCUUUUGGUCGGAUCGCGAUACUAUGAGGUAAAGUCAGAGAGACCCACACGGGGGUCUAAUCUUUGUGGGUCCCACAUGUCAGUAAGUGACAAUGUCCCUCUGACUUUACGUCAUAGGAGACUCAUCCCUUUUGGUCCGCUGCCGAGUGACUAGUCAGCGUGUGUUUCAUCGUAUAGUCAGCUCUGAGUAAUGUGUCCAACUGGACAAAACCUACUGAAAAUCUGUUGAGGUGCAUUGUAAAAUGCCUAAGAUAGCAUGUAUAUAUCCUUCAAA